AUGGUCUCAUCUAUUUCUAUUUGUACUGGUUCUGAAGGAGAGAAACUAAAGAGGCUGUCAGAAAAUAGUAAAUUUGCUCCAUCUGAUGUUUCAUUCAAGUUAAAGCGGCCAAAGGUGUCGGGAAUCCGCGACUUCCCUGAGGCAUUUGUGCAAUAUGAUAUGCAUGUCGACUUGUUACCAAUGGAAGAUAUGGUUUCUGCUAGUACAGAUAAGAAAUUGUUGGGCAGAAAUGUCAGUGCUGGUGAUUCAGAUGAUGAUGACUCUGUCGAACCUUUUGAAAUUGAUGUUGGGUUUGAAGAAAUUCUAGCCGAUAAUGAAACACAUAUCUUAUCCUGUAGUUCAGAAUCUGAGAAGGUGGAAUCAAUGGUCUCUUUUGAUUGUAUGAUGUUCCAAACAUCUUUGGGUGAUGCAGAAUCCAUUGAGCAAUUAAAAACUUCAGAGCUUGAAGGUGCUGAUUUUACUGACUCAAUCUUGAGUGCUUGUAGGCUGAAAGUGGAAAAUAAGCUGGAAGAUCAAAAUCCUUCUCAACAGGUGGAUAGACCAAGUAGUUUGAAAAUGUGGAACAAUGAUGUGCCUAAACCUUAUUUUCCACGAAGGAAGGUGGCAGCAGUUCGUGAUUUUCCAGAUGCAUUUGAGCAAGUCCCUUCAACAAUUACUGGGGUACUGAACAACGCUGUGGUUUCUGUUGGUACGGUUGGGAAUUCGUUAGACAAGACAAACAUUGCUGGUGCUGCGGACGAUGAGAUUGAACCUUUUGAAACUGAUGUUGGCUCCCCUAAAGCCAUGGAUAAAUGCUAA